AAACAGAAACUCUAAUUAUGACUCUUUAUUUUUUACCCUGGAUUUCAGGCUGUUAGUGUUCUUGAUGUAAAUCUUGAAAACUAAAGGUUAUACAAGUAAUAACAAAGCCAGUGGGUGUGUUUUCAUUAGUGCAUUUUAUUGUCAAGUAUUUUGAGAAUGUCUAAGAUGAGUUACUCAAGUGGUUCCAUGAGUUCUGGUAGUAGAACAGCUAGACGAACCGUUGAAUUUGGAAGGACUUAUGUUGUGAGACCAAGAGCAAGGCAUCAAGCAACCAUUGUUUGGUUGCAUGGUCUUGGCGAUAAUGGUUCGAGCUGGUCACAACUAUUGGACAACCUCCCUCUUCCAAAUAUUAAAUGGAUAUGCCCAACUGCUCCUACCCGCCCGGUGACUGUGCUUGGAGGAUUCUCUUGUGCUGCAUGGUUUGAUGAUGGAGAGCUUUCGGAAGAUGGUCCAAAUGAUGUCGAAGGUUUAGAUGCGUCAAUUGCACACAUAGCAAACUUGCUAUCAACAGAGCCAUCUGAUGUCAAACUUGGUAUUGGAGGAUUCAGCAUGGGUGCUGCAUGUGCACUUUACUCUGCAGCUUGUUUUGCUCAAGGAAAAUACGGAAAUGGAAACCCUUACCCGAUUAACCUAAAGGCUGUAGUUGGAUUAAGCGGAUGGCUUCCUGGUGCACGUAACUUGAGGAACAGAUUAGGAGGAUCAAAUGAUGCUGCAAGACGUGCUGCUUCACUGCCUAUUUUGAUGUGUCAUGGACAGAGUGAUGAAGUAGUCCCACACACAUAUGGAGAGAGGUCUUCCCAGAUGAUGAGUUCAGCUGGUUUCCGAUAUGUUACAUUCAAAAGCUAUGAAGGGCUUGGUCAUUACACAGUUCCUAAAGAGAUGGAAGAAGUCUGUCAGUGGCUAAACUCAAGGCUUGGAAUAUGAGAAAUGAAUGACUUGAUUUGGGUAGACAAUAACCGAAGAAUGACAAGAAAACGUACACAAGAUUUUGAAUUGGGAGAAAUAAGUAGAGAUGUAGAGGGGCUUCGGUGGAGAUUGGUUGGUAUACAAUAUAUAUAAAAUAUAACGUUGUUUUGUAUGUUUGUUUUUUUUUUUAUAAAAUAAAGGUUUUCGACUUUUCGGGGUGUGGGGUUAUUGGUUCUUAGAUGGGAAUUGUUGUUUAACAGUUCGAGUUUUGGGAUAUCAUUAAGAUUUGUAAUGUAAUAUUGACUUUAGAUUAUAAAAUGGCCUUUUGUUGUUUA